UGUGGUCCCGCCCUGAGUUGACUGAACUGAAAGUGUGAAGCUAUGAAGAAAUCGAUUUCAAAUGAAUUUUUUUCAUAUGUGUAUUAAUGUGUAGCGUGAUGUAGUAAUUAAUAGUAUAUGUGUUUGCGAGUUCGAGUGAAUAUUUGUAGAAGAUUCUGUUAAAAUUUCCUGUAACAAUGGCGUUGAGCGCUAUUGCUGAUGAAUACUUUCGCAAUAUGAACCCGAUCGCUACGAAAAUACACGAAGAUAUCGUCGAAGCGAAAACUUCCUACGAGAAUAUAUGGGAAACGUUAACCGAGAAAGAAAAGGUGGAAAUCAUCAAUGAAUCUAUAAUAAAACCGGAGAUUGCUCUCCGGUAUGCUCUAUUAGAUACAUUAGAGUUUGAUUUGAAUGAUCCGCCGGUGAGGAAAGAUGAUCUGAUGUCAUUCUUUGGUAGAGAACAUGGACAACGGGUGAUACAAGAUGAAAAUGUGUCAUACAAGGACGAGCACUCAGCCCCUUUCAUAUAUCAAACAAAGAGCCAGCUUAAUCUAUGCAUUCUGAGUGAACAUAGAUCGAAAGACGUACAACCGUCGUCCCCACUGCCAGUCAUGUCCGAACUUGCCAUAUCCCACUCUAAAGUAGUCUCAGAGCUGAAGAACGCAUUAAAAUCCCAUGAUGUGCUAAAGAGCUACAAGGAACAAGACAGUGGGGUGACGUCACCAGGGUUUAUCAGCAAGUUUAUGGGGAAUUUCAAGAGUAAGGACGAAGAAAAAGAAUGCUUGGUGCCGGCGGAGACACCUACCCAGAUAGUGGCAUCUUCGGAUAACUUCUUCAGAACGAACUUCAAAAGUCCAACGGGGAAUAUAAAGUUGGAUAAAGACUACAGGAACAGCAUGGUCAAGUCGAGCGGAGAUAUAUCCGAGGAGAAUCGCGGUCUGUUGUCAUCUAGCCACGCGUCGUCCGGCACUGAGUUUCAAUCAACAGAAACGCUAACCGACAGCGCCCUACCAAAAACGGGUUAUGACUUUUUGGACAACUGGUAAAUACUUAAGUUUAUUUGUAUUUAAUUAUAAUGUAACUUUUGUUCUUGAUUAACUAAAAAUCUUUGUAACGACUUCGAACGCAAUCUAAUUGGCUUUGUCAACGGAAUCGAUCCAAUAUAUCCCAAAGGGAUUUGAAAUUAUUCAACAUGUAUUAUAAUUAAUUCAGGUUAAGUUUUAAGUUAAUUUUCUAAUCUUUUCGAGAAAAUCAACUAAGUAUUUGGUAAUUUGGUUGGGAACUGGCAAGAAACUUCUCUUAUGUUUUUGCAAUUAUUAAAAAAUAUAUAUGUAUUUUAACUUGUUGUAAACAAAAUCAGAAAACAAUAUCAUUCAGAAAUACGGCAGUAGAUUCAUCCCCUACAGUAGUAG